GCCAGCCUUAGCGCCUCUGCGUCGGUCUACUCUGCCACCAGCCUCGCAGCCAGCAUCAGCGCCUCUGCCUCGGCGGUCAGCGCGUCAGCUUCGGCCUCCAGCGCAUCCGCUGCCGCUGCCUCUGCCUCGGCUUCCGCAUCUGCAGCCCACGCCCUCGCGACCACUCUCCCCUCGCCAUGGGUUGCCGCUGGUUCCAACGGCGCCCUCGUCACCAUCGCCGAAGGCACCAACGGACGGGCCCUUACCGGCGCCAUGACCUCGGCCGACGACAUGACCUUUGCCAAGUGUGUCAACUACUGCUCUGGCCAGGGCUACUCCAUGGCCGGUGUCGAGUGGUCGCGCGAGUGCUACUGCGGCAACAUGCUCAUGAACGGCGCGGCGCUCUCCAAGACCUCGUCCAACGCUGGCAUGGUCUGCUCGGGUGACGCCUCCUCCAUGUGUGGUGCCUCUGCCGCCUUGACGCUGUUUGUCCUCCCCUCUUCGGCGACCUCGGCCGCUGCUUCCGCCGCCCCCACCGCUGGUCUCAUUCUCCCCGCUGGCUGGGUCGGGCCCGCUUCCGGCUCGUCCGUCUGUAUCGCCGAGGCUUCGUCCGGUCGUGCCCUUACCGGUGCUUCCACCUCUGCCAGUGACAUGACCUACACCAAGUGCUUGAACUACUGCUCUGCUCAGGGCUUCACUCUUGCCGGUAUCGAGUAUUCGAGCGAAUGCUUCUGCGGCAACACCCUCUCCGGCGGCGCUUCUCUCACCAAGACUAGCGGCAAGUGCAACAUGGCUUGCUCUGGCGAUUCCAGCUCCAUCUGCGGUGGUCCCGAUUCUCUUACCCUCUUCGCCGUCUCAUCUGCCAUCUCCAACCUUACCCCCGACUUCACCGCCGUCAUCUCCACUGCCACCUCUGCCGCCACCUCCGCCGCCACCUCCGCCGCAGCAUCUGCCACCCCCGCGGCCGCGCUCAACCUCCCCUCGGGCUGGACGGGUCCCGCAUCCGGUGCUGCCGUGUGUAUCGCCGAGGCCAGCUCUGGUCGUGCCCUCACCGGUGCCUCCACCUCCGCCAGCGACAUGACCUACACCAAGUGUCUCACCUACUGCGCCAAUCAAGGCUUCACUCUGGCCGGUAUCGAGUACUCGAGCGAAUGCUACUGUGGCAACACUCUCUCCGGCGGCGCUUCUCUCACCAAGACCACCACUCGCUGCAACAUGCCCUGCUCUGGCGCGUCUGGUUCGAUCUGCGGUGGUCCCGACGCCCUCACUCUCUUUGCCGUCUCUUCCGCCAUCUCCAACCUCACCCCCGACUUUACCGCCGUCAUCUCGACUGCCACUUCCGCUGCCACCUCCGCCACCUCGGCCGCCUCCGCAUCUGCUGCCGCCUCUGCUGCCCCCGCUGCCGGUACCACCGGCCGCGCUCUCACCGAGGACAUGACCGCGUCCGACGACAUGACCCCCGCCAAGUGCACGGCCUACUGUGGUUCCAAGGGCUACGCCUACUCUGGUGUCGAAUACGGCAAGGAAUGUUACUGUGGCAAUACGCUCAAGAACGGCGCUUCGCUCUCCCUCCCGUCCUCGAGCUGCAGCAUGGCCUGCGGUGGCGACGUCGCCCAGAUGUGCGGUGGUCCCGGUGCUUUGAGCCUGUUCUACAACUCGGCCGCCUCCUCCUCGGGUGCCUCGGCCUCCGGUGCUGCCUCUUCAAGUGCCGCGGCUUCAGGUGCCUCCCCCUCAGGUGCCUCGGCUUCCGGUUCCUCGGCUUCGGGCGCCGCCUCCGCUUCCGCCUCCGCCUCGGCCGCUGCCUCCAACGCCGCCUCAUCCUCCGCCGCCUCUUCCUCCACCUCGACCCCCACGUCCUCCUCCGCUGCCCCCGCUGGCCCCACCAUCAAGACCCAGGGUCUCCCCGCUGGCUGGUCCGCUGCCUCCACCCCCUGCAUCCAGGAGGUCUCUGGCCGGUCCCUCGACGGGGCCGCUACCUUCAGCUCCAGCAUGACCAUCAACCAAUGUCUCAGCUUCUGUGGUUCUCAGGGUAUGGCGUACGCCGGUGUCGAGUGA